CACACAUUCCGUGCUUGGAGCGAUGAACACGGCGAAGACGGCGACGACGACGCGGAAGCGGACGCUCGCCGAGGACUAUGGCGGCGACGUGGGCGAGGACUUGCAGGCGUACAUGGACGAGGACAACGAUCCGGUCCAGAGCAAAGACUCGGUCGCAGCGUCCAACUCGCUCUCGCAGCGCAUCCAGAAGCGCUUGACGCAGCUCAACCAAGCGACGCUCGACAGCGAGAAGGGCGACAGCGGGUAUUUCGACUUUUCGGCACUCGAGCUCAAGAAGGACCACGAGUCGCGACCGGUCUGGGUGUGCCCCAACGGGCGGAUCUUCCUCGAAGCGUUCUCGCCGAUUUACAAGCAAGCGUACGACUUUCUCGUCGCGAUCGCUGAGCCCGUGAGUCGGCCCGAGUUUGUCCACGAGUACAAGCUCACGCCGUACUCGCUGUACGCAGCCGUGUCGGUCUCGAUCGAAACGGACAGUAUCAUCAAGGUACUCGAGCGCCUGAGCAAGAACGUGAUCCCGACAGGCAUCACGACCUUUAUCCGCGACUGCACGCUCAGCUACGGCAAGGCCAAGCUCGUGCUGCACCACAACGAGUUUUACGUCGAGUCGCUCUACCCGCAGGUGCUGCGCACGCUGCUUGAGAACGAACAGAUCCGUCUCGCCCGCGUCAAGGAAGACCCGACCGAUACCUCAACCGCGACGGCCAUGACCUCGAACGAGUUUAGCUCCAACGGCGAGUUCCUCCAGAAGGAAGUCACGGCCGAGGACCAAGCCAACAUGCAGUAUCAAAAGCUGCUCAUGGAAGAUUACGACCAGACGGCCGAAGGCAGUGCGAAGUCGACGUCGGCCGCGACCGUGCAGACGGUGAGUUUCCGCAUCCGCAAGACGCACGUCGAGCAGGUCAAGCGCGCGUGCCUCGACAUGGACUACCCGCUCAUGGAAGAGUACGACUUCCGCAACGACAAGACGAUCCCGGACAUUGACAUGGACCUCAAGCCCACGACGCGGAUCCGAGAGUACCAGGAGAAGUCCCUCAGCAAGAUGUUUGGCAACGGCCGUGCGCGCUCGGGUAUCAUCGUGCUGCCGUGCGGCGCUGGUAAGACGCUCACGGGUGUCACGGCCGCGUCGACGAUCAAGAAGUCGUGCCUCUGCCUCUGCACGUCGGCCGUCUCGGUCGAGCAGUGGACGGCGCAGUUCAAGAUGUGGACCACGAUUCCGGAAAAGAAGAUCGCCCGCUUUACGAGUGUCGAGAAGGACUACAUCGACCCCGAGUCGGGCGUCAUCGUCACGACGUACACCAUGGUGGCGUUUGGCGGGAACCGCGCGGCUAAGUCGGCGGCCGUCAUGGCCCUUAUCCAGAGCCGCGAGUGGGGCUGCAUUCUGCUGGACGAAGUGCACGUGGUGCCGGCCAAGAUGUUCCGCAAGGUCAUUGGGUCGAUCGCGUGCCACUGCAAGCUCGGGCUCACGGCGACCUUGGUCCGCGAAGACGAUCUCAUUGGCGACCUCAACUUUCUCAUUGGCCCCAAGCUCUACGAAGCCAACUGGAUGGAUCUCACGCAGUCGGGCUUCUUGGCCAACGUCUCGUGCGUCGAGAUUUGGUGCCCCAUGACGGGCCCGUUCUACGCUGAAUACCUCAAGGAGAACGUGAGCGCCCGCAAGCGCGCGUUGCUGUAUGUGGCCAACCCCAACAAGUUUUCGGCUGCCGAGUACCUCAUCCAGUACCACGAGAAGCGCGGCGACAAGAUCCUGCUCUUCUCGGACGAUGUGUUUGCGCUCCGGCUGUACGCGACCAAGCUCGGAAAAGGUUUCAUCUACGGCGGCACGGGCGAGCGCGAGCGCAUGCGUCUCCUCCAGUCGUUCCGGACGAGCCCGCACGUCAAUGUGAUUUGCAUCUCCAAGGUCGGCGACACCUCGAUCGACUUGCCCGAAGCCAACGUCAUCAUCCAGGUGAGCUCGCAUUUUGGCUCGCGUCGCCAAGAAGCCCAGCGUCUCGGGCGCAUCCUUCGGCCGAAAGCCAACUCGACCGGCGGCUUCAACGCGUUUUUCUACACGCUUAUUUCGACCGACACGGCCGAGAUGUACUACUCGAACAAGCGCCAGCAGUACCUUGUGGACCAAGGGUAUACGUUCAAGGUCGUGACUGACCUCUACGACAAGGCGACCUUUAAGGGCGUCUUCACCUCGAAAGACGCGCAGGCACAACUCCUCGUCGAAGUGCUUGAAGCCCAAGAUCUCGACAAAGUGUCCAACGACGAAAUGGCGGCGAUCCGCGACGACGAAGAUCUCACGCGGCUCAGCAGCAAGAAGAAGAAGUCGUCGUCACUCGGCGCGCUCUCGGGUGCCGACGGCAGCAAGUACAUGGAGUACUCGGCGGGCCAUGGCGCCAAGCAGCGCCACAACCUCUUCCGCGAUCGCUACCGCUAA